UCUGUCUGUCGGCAAAUCCUUGAUUGGAUAAAUCUCUUCAUGAUACGUUUCGUUUAAGAAUUAUUUUGUUUAAGAUCAAUAGGCAGAAGACGGGACAAGAUUAAGCUGGUGUCGGAAUUUAAAUACUGUUUUCGCAUUAUAAUAUGAGAAAAUUCAUCACAAAUGUUCAUUUGACAUCAUCACCCAGCGGGAUGUAAUGUGUUGAUACAUAGUGAUCGAACUUGGCUGCCUGUCUUGUUCUAGUAUUUAUCAAAUGCAUGCUGUUACAAACGAAAAUAUAAUGUGCUAAUUAAUAUUGUUAACAACUGAAGGAACGCCAAAGUGCCAAUAAAGUUAUAAAUGAUACAGAUGGAAGGAACCAGCGCCUACUACAAUCAGACUUUGACAUAUGGCGGCGAGGGUUACAAUGUUUCCACCACCGGAUAUCCGAUGAACCAGCAGCCUGCAUGUGUCUACGCGAGGAACAACGGGGUUGGAGGUUAUGGGGGACAAAAUAUGUCCGUUGUGGAACAGGGUCUACAGGGACUUGCAAACAAUUCCAACAUGCAUAUACAACACGCCCAAGGGCUCCACCAAGCAAAUAUGCAACAUAUGAGUCCGAGUUCUCAGUCAUCAAUGGCCAACACGACCCCGGCGCACAUGCAAAGUCCUCAUCAACAGAUGGCAGCGGGGAUGGGACAGAUCCAAAUGGCGACACCACCGCCUGCUCACCAACCUCAGGUGGCUUCACCAAUGUCCCCGGGCAUAGAGGACAGCAGCGUUCAUAAUUCAGAAAAGAACCAGAGCUCGAAUCUUCAGUUCCCGUGGAUGAAAACAACAAAGUCGCACGCCGCACAAUGGAAGGCGCAAUGGCCCGGAGCCCAAUUUUCAAUGGAGGAUGAAAACAAACGAACGCGAACAGCAUACACUAGAGGUCAGCUCCUAGAACUAGAGAAAGAAUUUCAUUUCAACAAAUAUAUAUCUCGACCAAGACGUAUAGAACUGGCAGCGAUGCUAAAUCUUACUGAAAGACAUAUAAAAAUCUGGUUUCAAAACCGCCGUAUGAAAUGGAAAAAGGACGAGGCAAAACGACGCCCACGCCCUCUUUCGGUCGGAAGUUCGGGAUCGCCCCCGAGUCCCAGUAUUUCGUCACUGCCGGGGUCUCCUUGUGAGAGUGAAACAGACAAUAACAACAUAUCGGAGAAAUUUGGAACGGAUAAGACAAUCUCAAAGACGGUCAAAUCGGACGAACCAAUUAAAUCAAGCGAAAGUUUAGAAGAUAGCAUGGAUGAAGACACUUUCAAAUCGAGACCAGUUACGCUAUAACGUUGUGUAUGCGCCAUGUGUUAAAUUGUAUGCUGCCUUGCUAGUCAUUCUUGCCUAUUUUUGUAAAUGAAAUUGAAUGCGUUGAUUACAAACAAAUAAAAUAUAA